AUGUUCAGAGCAGAAAUGCUGUGUGUCUGCUUACGUGAUGAUAUGAAGAAGUCAUAAGAGAAAAGCAGGAUGGCUGUAGGAUGGUGUUUACUCUGCUCCUGUUGUCUGUCAUUGUGAAACAAAGUAUUUCAAACUCAAACACCAAUUUAAAGGUGUGAAGAAAGAAGAGGGAGUAAAAGAAGGAAUAAAAGAUCAGAAGACUGUACUGCAUGAAAAUGCCAGGAGGGCAGCUGUUUCUGUGAUGCUGGAACCACCACAUCUGGCACCAUCCAUCUGGCACAGUCAAAGUCGCUUAGAUCACACAUCUUGCCCAUUCUAAUAGGCUAAUCUGGGUUGGAAGCCACUUGUGGUCCAGUCUGGUCUGAUGUGUUCCCAUCUCCUUAAAUAGGGGGCGCUGUUUCUAAAAUGAGUCUCUCAGAGGAGCCAGAGACCAAAGGAGGAUCCAUCAGCACUGAGAGGAAGAGGGUCCAGGCAGAGAGAGCUGGGUCACCUGUACCCAGCUGUCUGUCCAUGAAGAGCGAUCAUUCAAUGGAUAAACCAGUCCGAUUCAAAGGAGACAUCACUGGUGAUCAAAGGGUCCAGGCAGAGAGAGCUGGGUCACCUGUACCCAGCUGUCUGUCCAUGAAGAGCGAUCAUUCAAUGGAUAAACCAGUCCGAUUCAAAGGAGACAUCACUGGUGAUCAAAGUGUCUGGGUAGAAAGAGCAGGGUCACCUGUACCCAGCUGUCUGUCUAUGAAGAGCGAUCAUUCAAUGGAUAAACCAGUCCGAUUCAGAGGAGACAUCACUGGUGAUCAAAGGGUCCAGGCAGAGAGAGCUGGUUCACCUGUACCCAGCUGUCUGUCCAUGAAGAGCGAUCAUUCAAUGGAUAAACCAGUCCGAUUCAAAGGAGACAUCACUGGUGAUCAAAGUGUCUGGGUAGAAAGAGCAGGGUCACCUGUACCCAGCUGUCUGUCUAUGAAGAGCGAUCAUUCAAUGGAUAAACCAGUCCGAUUCAGAGGAGACAUCACUGGUGAUCAAAGGGUCCAGGCAGAGAGAGCUGGUUCACCUGUACCCAGCUGUCUGUCCAUGAAGAGCGAUCAUUCAAUGGAUAAACCAGUCCGAUUCAAAGGAGACAUCACUGGUGAUCAAAGUGUCUGGGUAGAAAGAGCAGGGUCACCUGUACCCAGCUGUCUGUCUAUGAAGAGCGAUCAUUCAAUGGAUAAACCAGUCCGAUUCAGAGGAGACAUCACUGGUGAUCAAAGGGUCCAGGCAGAGAGAGCUGGGUCACCUGUACCCAGCUGUCUGUCCAUGAUGAGCGAUCAUUCAAUGGAUAAACCAGUCCGAUUCAAAGGAGACAUCACUGGUGAUCAAAGGACACUGUGGCCACUCGAGUCCCGCUCAAAGUGUCCCCAUAAACAGUCUCUCCUGCGCACUCUGAUGAAGCUGAAGAAGGACGAAAAGCUGAAACUUUUUCAGAGCCAUCUGAGUCAGGAUUGCCCAGAAUGCAUAAAGAGUCUGCCUGAAGAUCCUUCUGCACUGGUUAAGUUUAUGAAGAUGAAGGAAUUGUUCAAAAGUCAUCGAAUUGAUGAUUACCCAGAAUGCACUGAGAGACAGCAGGAGGAUCCUGAGGUCCUGUACAUAGUUGAAAAGAUGCUGGAGACCUGUGGCAGUGAGAGGUCUCUGAAGAUCACACUCCACAUCCUGAGGAACAUGAAGCAGAAGGAUCUCGCCGACUCACUGGAAAGAGAUGAGCAGCACGAUGAAUCCAUGAAAAGAGCCCAGCAGGCACUGAAAACUCAUCUGAAGAGGAAGUUUAAAUACAUCUUUGAAGGUUUAGCAAAUGAGGGCCGCCCAACCCUCCUCAAUGAGAUUUAUACAGAGCUCUACAUCACAGAGGGGGGAAGUGGGGGGGUCAAUAAUGAACACGAGGUCAGACAGAUUGAGAUAGCAUCCAAGAGACAAACCACACAGGAAACUGCAAUCCUCUGUAAUGACAUCUUUAAGCCUUUACCUGGACAAGAGAAACCCAUCAGAACUGUUCUUACAAAGGGCAUCGCUGGCAUUGGGAAAACCGUCUCUGUGCAGAAGUUCAUUCUGGACUGGGCAGAAGGAAAAGCCAAUCAGGACAUUGAUUUCAUCUUCACCCUUCCUUUCCGAGAUCUGAACUUGAAGAACGAAAGAGCAUUCAGUCUGAUGCAACUUCUGCAGCACUACUUUCCACAACUGAAAGAGAUCAAAAGUGUUGAAGGUGAUCAAGUCAAAGUUUUAUUUAUCUUUGAUGGUUUGGAUGAGUGUCGACUUCCUCUAAGUUUCCGAAGCAAUAAGAACUGCUGUGAUAUAACAGAGUCAUCAUCAGUAGAUGUGCUGCUGACCAACCUCAUUAAGGGAAAUCUGCUUCCCACUGCUCUCCUCUGGAUCACCUCCCGACCAGCAGCAGCCAAUCUGAUCCCUCCUGAGUGUGUUCACCAGUUGACAGAGGUACGAGGGUUCAAUGACCCACAGAAGGAGGAGUACUUCAGGAAGGGAAUCAGAGAUCAGGAUCAGGCCAGCAGAAUUAUCUCACACAUAAAGUCAUCCCGGAGUCUCUACAUCAUGUGUCACAUACCAGUCUUCUGCUGGAUUUCUGCUACUGUUCUGGAGACAAUGUUGGGUAAAGGAGAGAGUGGAGAUCUUCCCAAAACUCUGACUGAAAUGUACACACACUUCCUUCUCAUUCAGACUAAUGUGAAGAAUCAGAAGUAUCAUGGCACUGAUGAGACAGACCCAAAGAUGUCAGCAUCAGAUACAGAAAUCAUCCUGAAACUGGGGCAGCUGGCUUUUUUACAGCUGGAAAAGGGCAAUCUGAUAUUCUAUGAAGAGGACCUGAGAGAGAGUGGCAUUGAUGUCAGCGAAGCCUCAGUGUACUCUGGGGUGUGCACAGAGAUCUUUAAAGAGGAGUGUGGGUUGUACCAGGAGAAGGUCUACUGCUUUGUGCAUAUGAGCAUUCAGGAGUAUCUGGCUGCCUUGUUUGCGUUUCAUUCAUGUGUAAAUGAGAACAGAAAUGUUCUCAAAGGAGAAGAAUCAAAACCUCACAGUGCCAGAGUGCAGCUGUCUAAGUUGCACAGGGCUGCAGUGGAUCAGGCCUUAGAGAGUAAGAAUGGACACCUGGACCUUUUCCUCCGAUUCCUUCUUGGCCUCUCUCUGGAGUCCAUUCAGUCGCUCUUAGGAAGACUACUGACACAGACAGGAAGCAGAUCUGAUGGAGGAAGACACAAACGAAACUCAAUUUCUUCAUUUAAAAGACUACUAUCAAAGACUGAAAGCAGAUCAAAGAAUAUUGAGAAAACAGUCCAGUACAUUAAGGGGAGGAUCAGAGAGGAAUCUUUAGCAGAGAGGACCAUCAAUCUGUUCCACUGUCUCAAUGAACUGAAUGACAACUCGCUAGUAGAGGAAAUCCAGAAUUCCCUGAGAUCAGGAAAACAUUCUGAUAAAAAGCUGGAACCAGACCAAUGUUCAGCUCUGGCUUUUGUGUUACUGAUGUCAGAGGAGGUCCUGGAUGAGUUUGAAUUGAAGACCUACAACACAUCAGCAGCAGGUCAUCAGAGACUGAUACCAGUAAUCAGGAACUGCAAGAAAGCCAUACUGAACAACUGUGAACUCACACAGACGUGCUGCAAUAUUGUGGCCUCAGCUCUACAGUCAUCAAACUCACCCCUGAGAGGUCUGGACCUCAGCUACAAUAACCUGGGAGAUUCAGGAGUGGAGCUGCUCUGUGCUGGAUUGAUGAGUCCAAACUGUAAACUACAGACACUGGGGUGAGUAGUGCUGUGUACUGUGUGAUUUUAACUAAACAG